UUGAUGAAAGGCGAGCACAUGCAGUCUGGCACCGGUGACCUAAGAACCAAACACUACCUCUAAUUCCUGAUGGCUCUUUCUCCUCCUACCACCGCAAGCUAUUAAAAGGAAUCCGUAGAACCUCAAGAGAACUGUUUACACUUGGAGGCCGACGCACGUUCAUUGAGAGAAGUUUGAGUUAGAACUUGAAAAUUUAAAAGUUAUAAUUUUACUGAGUAUAUUCUUAGGUAAGAGUACCAUACUAUGAAGAUGCUGCAUGUUGACCUACUAGUAGUAAGUUUCUGCCUUGGUCUGGGGACAGGAUACAGUGCUGCUGGUAAGAGACAGUAUCAGAUCCAGAACGGGCCGUGCAGCUACACCUUUCUGCUGCCGGAGCAGGAGAACUGUCAGACCCAGGCCGACAGCUACAACUUCCCAGUGCAAAAGGACGGACCAGUGGACAACGACGAGUCGGCUCAGAGGCUGGAGCAGCUGGAGAUCUCCAUGGAGAACAACACACAGUGGCUGCUCAAGUUAGAGAACUACAUACAGGACAGCAUGAAACAGGACAUGGUCCAAAUCCAACAGAGUGCCGUCCACAACCACACAGCUACGAUGAUAGAAAUUGGAACAAACCUGCUGAGUCAAACCGCCGAGCAAACGAGGAAACUGACCCACGUGGAAGCACAGGUAAUUCAUCAUACAACGCGACUUGAGCGGAAACUUCUUGAAAACUCCUUGUCAACCAACAAGUUGGAAAAACAACUUAUUGUCCAAACAAAUGAAAUCAACAAACUGAACAACAAAAACAGCAUCCUGGAGAAGAAGGUGGGGGAGAUAGAGGAGCAGAGGCAGGUGGAGCUGAAGAUGGUCAGAGAGGAAAAGGAGCAGCUCCAGACCCUGAUACUAAGGCAGACCGCCAUCAUAGGCGAGCUGGAGAAACAGCUGCUCAAAGUCUCCUCCAACAACAGCGUCCUGCAGCAUCAGCAGCAGGAGCUGCUGGACAGCCUCAACAACCUCAUUCACAGCAUAGCUGUGGGCUCAGCUCGAGAGACCAAAAGCAUCAUGAUGCAGGACACCCCAACCACGUUCAUGGACUGUGCUGCUGUCUACAAGUCAGGAAACACCCUAAGUGGAGUCUACACGCUCACAUUAGCCAACACCACGAUGGAGGUUAAGGCUUUUUGUGACAUGGAGACAGAAGGAGGAGGCUGGACCGUGCUACAAAAACGCUUCGACGGCCGUGUUGACUUUCACCGUACGUGGCAGGAGUACAAAAAGGGGUUCGGAGAACCUUCAAAUGAAUUCUGGUUAGGAAACGAAUUUGUCUCCAGACUGACGAGUCAACAGAUGUACAAACUGAGGAUUCAGCUGAGUGACUGGGAGGGAAACUCUGGAUUUUCCCAAUAUGAUCAGUUUUCUCUUGACGGUGAAGCACAGAAUUACAGGAUACACCUUAAAGGCUACAGUGGAACAGCCGGCAAAAUAAGCAGCAUCGGGCAGCCAGGAAGUGAUUUCAGUACAAAGGAUGCAGACAAUGACAAAUGUGUUUGCAAAUGUUCGCAGCUGACAACAGGGGGUUGGUGGUUUGAUGCCUGUGGUCCCUCCAAUUUGAAUGGGAUGUUUUACCAGCAAGGCCAGAACUCAAAUCGAUUCAACGGAAUCAAAUGGUACUACUGGAAAGGCUCGGGCUAUUCACUGCAGUCCACCACGAUCAUGAUGAGACCAGCAGACUUCACUGGUCCCCGCUGAACCGUAAUUUGUGGCCAAAAAAACGGCCACAAACAAAACCAAAAAUUAAAAAUCCUCAAGGGAGCCAGAGCACAUCGUGAAAAUAUUUUGUACAUUUUUUGUGUUUGUUUAUAUGUUUAAUAAUUUGGCUUUUGCAAAAAUUGUGAAACAUGGACUGAAACCAGAGCAAAAUGGGACAUUACCUAAUUCAAUUUGUUGAAUGAUUUUAAUAUAGUUUAAGCAGCUGUUUAACUAAUUUUAGGAAGGAGAAGAUGGUACAGCAUGCAGAUAAACAACUGGCAAAAGGUGAUUGUUAUAAAGUGCAAACGUUAAAAUGUCACAGAAAAUGUUUUUCUCUUUACUGUUUUUCUGCAGAGAAUGUAUGUACUAUGUUAUUUAACUUAUGUGUAGAUUUUAAGGUUGAUAUUUAACAUUAUUAUAUAUGAUAGAGAGAGUUGUUUAAGAGAUCUAGAGAGCCUCUUUGCUGCAAGCUAGUUAAUGAUUUCAUUGCACAUAAACUAAGAGGAAAUCUUUUAAUAUAAUUCUGCAGUACCGUCCCCCAUGCUCACACAUGAUGACAAUUUGAAUGAAUGUAUUUUAAAAUGUAUUUUGAAGCUAGCUAGGGGGAGAAGUUAUGAAAUGUGAGGGAGCUUGAAUUUCUCACUAGUAAACACUAGCUUUAGGUUUUGCAAGUGUUUGACUGUAAUGCUCUACCAGUUGUUAUAUGUAAAGUUGAAUAUUAAACACAACCAAAA